AUGAAUUCGAAAGAAAUUUCUCGUUUAACAACAACAUGCAUAUGCAUUUCAUUUUUCUUUCUCCUUUUUCGAUGUGCAUCUAGUCAACCUUUAUCGACAAGUUUAUUGAAAUCUAACAACAAUAAUAAUAAUGAUGAUGAUAUUAUUGCUGAUGCUACUCGAAUGAGACCAUUGCCAUACUCGAAUUCAGAUGAAUUCAAUUUUGAAGACGAUGAUUAUGAAGUGUGGUCACAAUUUUUCGAUAAGGCUUUAGACCUAUACAACGAACAUUAUCAAAACAAUCGACCAAGUAUAUCAUCACCCGUUCGUCGGGCCAACUUUUGGAAACGAGCUAAUUUUUGGCGUAAACGCGCCAAUUUUUGGUGA